AUGCCACAGCAGAAAGAUGGAAUCUGCAGACACUGCCGUCGCCACAGUCGGAGAUGUGUCGUUCGUACUGGCAUUCGAAGUGCGCGACCUCCCGACACGAACGUUGCAUCUCAACCUGCCCGUACUUCCAUCAAUCCUGAAGGUCCCAGAUACCAGGGUCCCGAUGCCACGAUCCUAUCACCGGCAAGGGCGGAUAAUGCCUCGCAAGACGAAGCUUCCGUGGGAGGACUCUCCUACGAAGCGACCGGCCAACCCGGCUAUGUUGGUGACCACACUCUGCUUUCAAAUGAUACACUAUCGCCAUCAACCGUGUCAAAUGGCAUCUUGCCUCAUUUCAAGCCAAGCAACGAGUCCAUCCUUAAGUUCACGGAAGCGACGGUUUUGCCCAAGGCGCCCCUGCUGACCGCGCUGACUGAUUCAUACUUCGACCACGUUUAUCACCGCUACCCAGUGGCAGAAAGGGUAGACCUCGCCGAUUCAAGAUCAUCAACCCUAUUGAGGCAGGCCAUAUGUAUGGUUGGAAGUCUGAUGCGCCAUUCAUCCAAGGCUGAUAGCCUGGAUUUGACAUACUCAUGGUAUGAAAAGACCAAGAUCAUGCUGCUCCUGAACUAUGAAUCCAACCCUUUAGCUGUUUUGAGUGCAAUGUGUCUUAUGAUCUGCUGGAGUGCGAAUCCCGUUGAUUCACUGAGCCUGGAUUGCCCCUGGCACUGGACAGGAUCUGCCAUUAGAUUAGCACUGCAAAUGGGCUUGCAUAAAGAGAUCACCUACAGAGAUCACCGUCAAGCUGGUCAAAUGCGCCGCUUAUGGUGGAUAUUGGUGAAUGCGGAUAGGCUUCAGGCCGCGUGCUUUGGUCGUCCGCUGGCUGUCAGAUUAUCUGAUUGCGAUACUCGACUACCAACCACAUCUGACUUUACAGAGGACAAUAUUGCCAACCACGUUUUCAUCCAUUAUGCGCCAUUGACCACUAUCCUGAGCGACGUUGCUGAUUUAAGUAUUGGCGGCAAAUCUGCCACUGAGGCCGACGUCAAUCGCCUCGCCGGAGCGCUUUGCCAGUGGAUCAGCAACUUACCAGAGGAAAUCCGCCUGCACAACACAGCGGGAGCACGACUCCCCUAUCUCGAAUCUGUGUCUGAACUGCAUAUGUUAUACUUCACUACGAUUAUAGUGCUAGAAGCACUACGCAUGAGGUUCGAAGAACACUGGUCAACAUCCCUCCCUUCGAUCAUUGCAGCGUCAUGCAUUACGAGAUUGAUUGAGGAAGUGGAAUGCCGAGAAGACCUGAGCUCUAUGUCUUCAGUAACCACUUGGUAUAUAAUGGCUGCCAGUCUUCCUCUGCUUCACCACCAAGGAAGAUCUGAACAAAAGGAAAAGAUUCGCCGUGAAGAGUUGGAGAUUCUGUGUGCCACGACCGAGCAAUUGUCUCCGAAGUUUGGCGGCGCCGGUGUAGUGCGGCGCAACAUUGAAAGGAUCCGAAAAGGAAUUGAAGGUUAUAAGUCUCAAUCAGGACAGGGUCAAGUGGCUGCAAAUCCUUUGCCGAGUUUUGUUCAGCCACCUUCGAAGCUUGAAGAGAUGUUUCCGUUCCCCAAGACUCUGUGUCCGAACAUGGAACUUUUGGAGACCGCGGCCCACGAACAAGCUGAAUCUGCAAUGACCUUUCUACCUGUUGGUGGUGACUUAUUACCGUGGUUUUUUAACGAGCCUCAGUCAUACCUCGACUUUUUCGGAUUCAACGGCUAUGCGGACAGCCUAGACCCAGUGGAUCCUCUCGGAGCCGUGGUUCCUGAUCUCACUUAA